AUGCCAACGCCACUCGACAGAGCACUUAAUUCGAAGAACCUCUUCCUCGGCUUCACAGCCCUCGUAACAGCAGCCACAGCAUGGAGUAUCUGGGGUCAGAAUAUGUUCCCCAAAGAACCUGAUCCGACUGGAGAGCCUGAGACUUGGACUGAUACCGAGAUGAGGAGGUGGUUGGACAAUCGCAAUCUGAUGGCCGGCUCAACAGCGACUAGAGAAGAGCUUCUGGCGAGAGUCAAGGCAAACAUGAGGGCGCCGAGAGUUUAG